AUGUCGAAUAGCAUACAUGUAACGCAUGGCGUGGUAACAUACAGCGGAUAUAAGCAGUGUUCUAUAACGGCAAAUGGCAUACAUGCUGAAGGCAUGAAUGGAGUCAUUCCUGGAUGGCAUUAUGGCCUAAUCAAGUAUCACUGCGACGACAACACAGGCAUACUAGCAAGCAAGAUGACAUGUCAAGACUGUGGAGUGUACUGCUUACAAAACGAGACAAUAGAGGGGCUGAUUUGGUUGAAAGUGUUCCAGCCAGCACUAAACAGAUUUAGGAGGCAUACGGCAAAUGUAAGGUCUCAAAGGAAAGCAACAAAAGUUGAUAAAAGAAGCAUACUGGUGAGAAAUGAGGUUAAUAAGAUGCUGGCACAAAACCAACAGGCAACAAUAGAAGAGGUAGUUGAGCCACUUUACCCUGACUUGUCCAGUGCAAUCCAAGAGAUGAAAAGGUCUGAGGAAGCAGAACCCUCAGUUCAUCAUUAUAACCACCACAGCACUUUUUCUGGUCCACAUGCUAUGCUGCUGUAUAUUAGCUUAUUGACAAUAGGCUUUAGUACCACAUAUGCGUGUGAUAAUACAUUAUUUAUUUCAUCCACUGGAGAGGUAUGUGAGCAAACACACUGUAGGACUAUGGGGAUGUAUGAGAUGGUUCUACUCACAGGUUCAGUCUUAUGCUUUAGGGAUGUGAAUGGUAAUUAUCUGAAAUUAGAAAUGACUGAGGCUUAUAACUUAUACACAUCAUCAUUGAUGUAUUAUACAGCUGAUUAUGAGAUAACUACUGCACAUAAGUGGCAAUGCAAAGGGACUGGGACAUGCUGGAAUGGAGACUGUAAUGCUAAUUCGAAGCUUGGCAGCCUAAUAAGGAAGGAUCAAUCUGACGAAAUAUCAGGAUAUGGAUGUGAUACUGACACAUUAGGGUGUGACACUACAUGCUGGUACAUGACAGCAUGUACAUAUUACCGGUGGACACUUAAAAAGCUAGGCCCAAUUAUACCUGUGUACCGUAUAAAGUCUUCAGGAUGGGAAGUUAAUGUAAAGGUGAUGUACCUGAACACAACCAAGAUGUACACAUUCACAGUUAAUAGGCCUCAGAUAAACAUUGAACAGCUAUCUAUCAAUAAAAUGCCCAUGAUUAUAGCAGGGAUAACGAGGCCUGACACAAUAAUGGAAAACAGCAUCAUAAGAAUAGGCGACCAGUUCUUUAACAUUAAUGCAGCAGACCAAAAUAUGCCAGAAACUGGGAUAAUAGGCGACUUUCAAAUUUCAACCCAUAAUGAGAGUGCUACUUAUAAGACGUAUGAUGUUAAUUGUCAAGUGAACUCAUGUACCCCUACCUGUAGGUGGCCUGAACCAGCUAUUAGAAGGGCACUAAGGAAGCAGGACACACUUAAAGCCAUCAAAUCUGUGCAUAGAGGAGACAAUAGAAAUAUAGUAAGUAGACAAAAGGUGAAGAUGCAAGCAAACAUACUUGUUGGCAAUGUCGACAUACAUAACCUAAAGGUGUCUCCAGCACAUUGUAACAUUGAGAUAGUUACAACUUUUGCAUGCACUGGUUGCAGACUAGAUUCUUAUGUGGUACUACAAGCCAACAACAUAAAAGACGAAGGGCUAUUGAAGUUUGUGUCUGAUUGUGAAUUUGAUGUUGAUUAUAUUUCAUGCACUGAAGGCCCGUAUGGAUUGUAUUUAACUAAGGAUAAAGAUGCUUGCAACAUACAUAUUCCGUCAAUAAACAAAACGUUGCACGUGUCCUUUGACUUUAAGUACAUGGGUAGACUAGACCCAUCUGUGCCAUUGUAUUCAAAUAGCAUAGACAUAGCUGAUGCAUUCAACAUAUUAUCUGGAUCAGGUGCUAUUAACACAAUCAUAUCAUCUUGGUUAGGCUUCUCUAUUAUAACUUUUAUUGUCACAGCUGUAUGCAAAAUGAUACGUACUUAUAACAUGCCAGUCGGUGCCAGUAUAGUAAGCACAAGGGCCACGAACGAGAUAGAGUCGAGAGUUUAG